AUGAGAAUCAUUCGAGCUGCUGUUGCACCCACUAUAAGACCAUCCCUCUACAAAGUCACUUGGAAGAUCUAUGCUCUUGUCGGAGUUCUUUCAGUAUUUGUGGGAAACUAUUCAUUUUCUCCUUAUAUCGCACCCUACUUUGGCCAUGAAGCACCAACUAGUCACAACACUAUUUUGAAAAUGCAACAAUACCUUAUGGGCGAUGUGGAUUCUACUUUAUCAGCAAGUACACCCAACAAGGAACAGAAAUCAGAACCAACACAGAAUUCAACUUGA